GUAACCAUACAUUUCUUAUCAUCGCAUUCACUUACGCAUUCACUCUGAGGUAAUGGAACUGUAUAGCAGUAAACGACGCUGGACCUAACGAAACGUUGUCAACGAUUUCUCGUAAUUUCUUGGAAAAUACUAUUAUUAUUGAGGACUUCUGGGCAUAGCUAAGCCAUAUAUUUUCUGAUAGACCUAUCUGACAUCGUUUUCUGGAGCAAAACAGAAGCGGAUAGAACGGUCAUUGAUUUACUCUCUCUGUCUCUAUCUACUGAACACAGAUAAAAUUUCAUCAUUGCUAUGUAAGUAUUACUGCUCAAAAUAUUUCGGUUAUAUACGUUAUUUUUGAAAUUGAGUGCCUUUAAAUAGGUCAGUGGUAUUAUAUAAUGUGGAUAUUUCACACUGUAAUGUAAGCGUUAGUUAGUGAAAAGUUUCCAAGAAAAGAGCUAGCCUACUGUAAGUCCAGAACGUGUUGACAUUCUUACAUUAGAACACACGUCUAACAGACAUUUGAUUCCAAUAUUUGAGUUGGACUUUGAGCUCGACACUAUUGUCUCACGCUGCUAAACAUGUUGCACUUUGUUUAAUAUGCAGACCUAACUUUUUUACUUUGAUAAUGGGUUUAACAGAAACUUGGAUUUAUUUUGGAGUUGCACUACUGGCUUAAAUAAUAAGCCCUUUUUUAAUGUAUUUUUUAUCAUGUUGGAGUUGCCAGUUUAAACCGACAGUUUUGCACUUUAAUAUGUAAACCUUUGUUUACAUUUUGUUUUGUGCUGCAUUAUACAAUGACACAUACAGUUUGUUGUUGUCAAAAUAAAAUGAACGUCAGCUAACUAGCUUCGCUGGCUAACGUUGUCAUAAAAUUUUUCCUGACCGUGAAAACUGGAUUACUUGUUUACAUUUUUGACAGAUGUGGCUGGUGGGUGUCUAUCUAUCUAUCUAUCGCUGUCUCCGUCGCAGCACUUUCGACACAAGCAAUUCGGAAUUCGGAAGCGCUAUCCUAAUUUUUUUUUUGUUACCAUGAAGAGUGCCUGACCCGCAACUGCAGUAAUGUGUUAACACAACGGCCCAAUUAUAUUGAGAAAUAACAUCUUUGGGGGGAAAAAAACACUGUAUUCUGUAAAUGUAUUUUACCUACCAUGCAUACAAACAUAAAAACGGUAGUCAAUCACCCACUUCUAUUUAUAAUGCCAUCAUAGUGCGGAGUGUUUAAAACCAUAAAGCCAUCUCUCGUUUUUUUUUUUUUUUUUUGUCAGCGCAUCACCAUUGUUGUUACAUUCAUUCUGAUAUGUCGCCUAAAUGCCUUUUUAUGUUCAAUCGGCUUAAGGCGCUCUGCAAAAUCACUUUCAAAAUCGCCUUUCUGUGGUAGGGAAAACCCUGUGAACUUAAAUUAAAUGGUCAAUUUGAUUUUUUUGGAGGAAAAUUAAUCGUUUAGAUUAAUCGACUAAUCGAUAAAAUAGUCAAUAGAUUAAUCGAUAGAAAAAUAGUCGUUAGCGGCAGGCCUAAACUCAAACCAGCCCGUCUGGCACCAACAACCAUGCCACAUUCAAAGUCACUUAAAUCACCUUUCUUCCCAAUUCUGAUGCUUGGUUUGAACUUCAGAAGACGAUCGAGUUGCUGCCACGUGAUUGGCUGAUUAGAUAUUUGCGGUAACGGGUGCAGUUUGCAGUUGAACAGGUGUACCCAAUGAAGUGGCCGGUGAGUGUAUAGGCUCUGGGAAAGGACAACCAAAUUGAUUCCUGGCAUGAAAGAUAAAAGCUGUGAGCAACUUUAGAUGCUUAAUCUUUUCACGCUUAGUAAAAGGAGAUUUUGGGGUGAUUUGAUAGAGGUUUUUAAAGUCUUAAAGAGGAUCAACAAAGUGAACUGCAAGAGAUUCUUUAGGUUGAGUUCUGUUUCUUGAAUGAGUGGACAUAAAUUGAAAUUAGUAAAAGAUCAAUUGUGUACAGACAUCAAGGAAGAGUUAGGUCAUGUAGUAAAGGCAGAAACUCUGGGGAUUUUCAAGACCAGGCUUGAUACAGUGUUAGAUACUAUCUAGUCUUUAGGUAAUCAGAGCACUAAUUUAGUCGUGAAAAUGGCAAGCAUUGUUGGGUUGAAUGGCCUGUUCUCGUUAUUAUGUUAUAUUAUGUAAGGGACAGGAGCCCCAUGGAAAGAGAAACAGAGAAGACAAGGUCAAGGCCAGCUUGACACUUGAUGUAUGUAAAGACUUUCUAUUAAAUUGAGGACCUUAGUGAUUCAGAUUAUAAGUCUGGUGUGUAAGUCUGCAACAAGGUAGACUUAUGACAUUUCCAGGGUCUUGUUUUUGCUGCCCCAGGGCCCUCCAUCAACACCAAUUCCAGAGAGAUUUCUUUGCCAUACUGCAGAACAUGGGUGUUUUUUAUUUUCUGUCUCUGGAAGACUACUGGCUCUCUGACUCAUGCUUCCCAUCUGUGGCAUCUUCCCAUCAGGUGUCAUUUUUCAGAUUCCUCCAUUUCAGUGACAAUCUGCAAAACAACUGCUCUGAUCAAUUUUUACAAAAUUUGGAUGUUUUUUAUAUGCUGUGUGACUAAUGACUUCAGAUUCCACCAUACUAUUGAAAAAGUGUGGAUGAGCUUAUGGUAGCAAGACCACCAGAGCAUGAAACCCCCGCCAGUAUAUUAACAACAAACCUGACAAGUGAGGGUUUAAGUUGUUUAGCUAUGGAAGCUCCAGCAGAAUAAUCCAUGACAUGCUGCUGUUCCAAGGUGGUACAAUAUUUUCCAGUAUUGGAUGGGGGCUGUGUCCAAAGGUUGUUAUCACUUUCUGCAUGUCAUCAUUUGUAGAAUCAGAAGCUCUGGUUGUUUUUUGUGACAACUAUUUAACAAGCUUCAACCAUCUCUAGAUCAGUUGGGCAUUAGGAAUGUGGGCACAGUGUGAGCAAACCAUAUAGGUGGAGCACAAGUGGCUGAUGACAAGGCUCUGAAGAAGCAUGGACGUGCGGCAUUUAACUAUCGGUUAUCAGAGGGAGUGACGUCAAGUGGUACAAUAACAAGUAUGUUUCACAUUUGAGUGUGGUGCCUGUGGUAUUCAUCCAACAAGUUCUGAGAAGAAGUUCUGCGGAGAAGCCCAAAAGAAGUUUGAUGUCUCCUGCCCAGCAGUUAUUGUGGCCUACAAUCAAGCUAUGGGAGGGAUCGAUCUCUCAGGAAUGCUUGUCCAUCUUUACAAGAUGCCCAUAAACUCUCACAAGGGACUCACCAAAUCAAGGAAAAACCAAUGCCCUUAAAAAAGUUUUGGAUGUCUGUGGUAAAUAAGAAAAACUAUCCCCUGGAGAGAGACAGAUCCCAAGAAGUGCACCUCCCAACAGUCAAAGUGAAGCAUUCAUGCCCACAGACUGUGAGAUGUACCAUCAGCCAGUCCUGUCCAACUGUUCACUGUUCACUGCUCUAUGUCCUCUGUAAUCUCACAGAUAAAUUUUAGAAUCAACAAAAAGCAGGAGCAUCGCAAAGGACUCCAAAAGACAUGCAAACAGUCAAAUGUCACAAUGACUAUGACUUACCUGGGGCAAGGGCUUAUGGAAAGGUCCCAUGAUGAGAUGAAGGUGCUGCAGCAGAUCUGCGGAGGAGAGAAUAUUUGUGUCUUCAGAGGGUAUCUGCAUCCAGGAGAGCAGUUCCAGUUUGUGUCUCGGAGGCGCUGUGGUUUUCCUUUUAGCAUCUCACUCUUCGUGAAUGGCAUGAUGGCAGCAAGAAUCAGUUCCUGCUGUGAAUACCGUUACAGUCCUGGGUUUCAGCAAGGCAGGCGGAGCUGUUUCAGAUUCACAGAUCUGAGUGGAGGGCUACCUUGUUUUAGAUGUGCAAGCAGCAUUCGAAACAAAAAUGGGAAAAGGCUACAUCUGUAUAAUGGAAUGAAAGGGAAGUUACUGCUCUCUACAUUAGGAAAACCUGCCAAAGGAGAAAAGGAAUCAUGCCCCUCUUCCUCAUUAUUUAUACCAUUUGGAAAGGAAAUGCCAUUAUUGAGAUGGAGCAGAAAAGACUCCAAAGAUGUGAACAGUAUGUCAACUGACACUGAAGACAUGAAUAGUGUAAAAGUAAACAGGGGGCAAAAGAAGACAAAGGAGCAACACUGUAGCAGAGCAGCCAGAAAGAAGUCAAACAUGGAGGAACACCUCACGGAAGACUACGUCACAUCUGGAAAAAAGCAGGGUGUUCAUAUAAAAAAAUCAAGGUGUGUGAUGUCAAACAAGAAAGAAACCUGCAAGCUGGAAAAGGAAACAGUGGAAGAGAGGCAUCAACUCUGGAAGGAAACAGCAGUAAGGGAUCUCUGUGGUGAUAUGUCCAACUCAGAGUUGGAACUCAGCGAUGACAGUGAAAGCAUUCUCUAUUCAAAGAACACAUCUCUGCUGAGGGAUCUGAGGGGAGAGGACGAGGGUAGCCAUAGCCAUGUUGCUAAUGGUGCAGUUUCUACAUUUGGUUCAAGUAGACUAGGAUAUUCCAACAGUUUGGACCUGAACCAGCUGUACACGGAGUGCAAGGAAAUGACCAUGAGCCAAGAGGAGAAAGAGCACAAUCUAGAAACACAGGUGGAAGCCAUGAUAUCCAUGCUGGAAUCAUGUGAUCUGGUGGAGCAGUUGGUCCUGAGGAACACUGGGAUUACUGAUGAGCUUUUGAACUGUCUUGUCACUGCACUCAAGAAUAGCCCUUCUGAGGUGGUGCUGAUCAACCUGAACCUGAACAACAUCGGACCUCCUGGAGUACAGAUUCUGCUUAACCUAGUGAAGCUCAACCCACAGGUCAAGGGUCUACUGUUGUUUGGCAAUCACCUGGGAGACAAAGGAGUUUGUACAUUGCUAAAUGGUUUGGCUGAUCUUCAGGGUCAAACUGUGGGACAGAGAACAUUGCAAUUGUGGUCUGGAGGCCCACAUAGGAUGGACACUCUGCUCCUCCCAAGAGAAACAUCCAGGAAAGCCACACCACUGCAUACCCAUAUCACACAGGCAUUUGUCCUCUUCGAAUUGGAUCUUGGGGGGAAUGGGGUCAGUAGUGAGGGGCUGAGGGUACUGUCAUCAUACCUGAGGUGCCAUUCACAGCUGAAAUAUUUGGGCUUGGCCAAAACUAAUGUUGCUGAUAUUUCAGCAUGGGAAACCCUAUUUGACAGCUUAACAACCAAUGUUGCGCUGAUCCACAUUAUUCUGGAUGAAUGCCACUUGGGUGACCAAGGAGUGGAGUUAUUUGCAAAAAUGCUGAGGUAUAAUCAGAGUUUGACUAAGAUAGACCUGGACUAUAACAGUAUUGGGGAUCGUGGAGGAAAUGCAAUCAUAGAGGCCUUGCUCAACAGAAGAUUUAUCCUUAUGAGUCAUUUAAGUCUAGAGGGGAACUAUAUAAGCUUUGCUCUGAUUAAGAAAAUACAGCAGGAGAUUCAACUCAAUUCAUCUAAUAAUUACUAACUAAACUUUUUUACAAUUUUUGAUGUUAAAAUUAACAAGAACCGCUGUCUGUCUGUAAAAUGUAUUUGUGGCUUAAGUGUUUGAUAUUUUAUUUGCAUUUCAAGUUGUGGUUUGUUAUGAUUGCAUGGGUACAAUGUUAUGUACAAUAUAACAAUAAAAAAGGACAUUGUCCUGUUUGCACCUGUAUUAUGGAUUUAUAGGGACAUCAGGGCUGCUGGGUAGCAUGCUUGGCAAAAGUGGCAUCUAGUGAUUACACAUUUAGGUACUGUACAACAUUAUGUGACAAUGUUUUUAGAUUAUUUUGUAAUCUGACAUCAAUGUUUCAUAUUAAACGUUCAUAAGAGGCACAUUUAUAUGGUUUAUAAUGGAAAAAAACAUUUAAUUAAUUUACGAAGAGAUUUUGGAUAUGUUUCUGGACCCCUAGAUAUUUUAGACCACUGUACUGACAGAAAGCUUGAAAAUUAUGUAAAAGUUUGUUUCUCGUGUCAAAACAGUUGAUUUGUAGUGAAAUUCAUGAUAAUGUUAUGAUUUACAGCAAUGCAUAAUUUAGACAUUUUGGAUAGAUUUGGAGACACUGGGUAUACUGCUUACUUUUUACUUCAUAGAUCUUUAGCAUCUCUGCAUAUCCACCCUUAGAUUUUACGCAACUGUGGUCAAGGAGUUUUUGAACUACAUCCGUGAUCUUGAAGGCCAGCUUGCUGGACUAGUGUUGGGAAGUUUGAUUCUUUAAGAUGAAUCCAACUUUUGCGUUUUCAAGUCAUUUGAGUUAUUUCCUCAUACAUCACACUCAAUUUCCAAAAUAUACAAUUUACUUUUUAUUCCUGCUUCUCUGGCUCAAGCUCAAGUUAUUCAGUUGCAGAUCCUAGCAAAACGUAGGUGUGAAUUCACCCUUAGUUCAAUAACAGAGGCUACUGCUAAGCAGACUUCACAACUAUAGCACUUGAACAUUUUUAGCAAUUGUAACAAUAUUUAUUCUGCAAUGUCAGUCUUAAUCUUGUUGUGCCGCCUGGGAAAGUGGGCGAUGCUAACUGUCUGCAGCAAAACAUGGUUAACCACAAACUACUCCUCUCCACUUUGGCUGAGAUGGGCAUUUCUGGGACUGCCCUCACUUGGUUUGCUUCCUAUCUUGCAGAUAGGUCCUACCAGGUCACCUGGAUGGGUUCUGUCUCUGCUCCUCAUCCCCUUGUUACAGGAGUCCCGCAGGGAUCUGAACUGGGGCCUCUGCUGUUCUCCAUAUACUCUAAUAUACUCUCUAAUCACUGUUAUGCAGAUGACACACAAUUCUUUUUCUCUUCUCUCCCUCCCUCUGCCUUGCAGGUUAAUGAGAGAAUAUCUUCCUGCCUGGCUGACAUCUCAACCUCAACAAGACUGAGCUUCUGUUCAUCUCCUACAAGACCUCCCUACUAUAUGAGCCCUCAAUCACUGUUGACAUCACA